UAUAACUCCCACUAGGAGACUGGAGAGUGUUAUCUCCCCACAAAUUUAUCAAAUCGGGCCGUACGCCAUAAAGAACACAGGUCAGCGUCAGGUGAUCUUUAAUCCAACGUGGUCCCUUAAACGAGUGAUGCUAUUAUUGCAGACUAAUGUGUCAACUAUUAAACCAGAUUGUGCAUUAUUUUUAGGCAUGUCAUAUGCCGGAUGGUCAGCAUGGCUUCAUCGACAGGCACUUGAUACAUCUAGAAGAGCAAAAAGAGAUGUUUCUGGUAUUCUGGGAACAGGUUUAGGAGUCUUAAACAGUAUAGACACUGAACAAAAUAUCUGCCACUUUGAGGUCCAGCCUGGUAGGAUGUUCGAAUCAAUGCUUGUAUAUAUUGGAAAAGGAUGUGCUUGCAUCAGAACUCAUUGCGACUCCAUACAAAUAGGGAAUAUGAUUGUUGAUACUACCAAUCACUCAAAUCUUUGUGUUUGCAAUUUUAUCAAUAUUUUAGGAUGUGAUUUUAACUAUACAGUUCCUGUUACUUCAUAUCAGCUUUUGCAGUUCAAUUACACUCUGAUCAAAGAUUUGCGUCCAGCGCUGAUUGGAAUGAAUCUCGCUUUGGUAAAGGAGCUUCUACAACAUGACGAUCUGCAUCGACUAUUAGAACGCAUCAAAGACAACGGACAAAAGACCUUGAUUACUGUUCAUCAUGAUGUGAAAAAGAUACAUCGCGUCUUGGAAAGAGUAAUGAAAGCUGGAGAACAUCACUGGUGGGAGGUUCUUUUCGGUUGGUCUCCCACAGCUACGGGAAUAUUUAACUCUGUACUACAUCCGGUAGUUGUUAUAUUAGGUUUAAUAGUAUUAUGCUUGGUUCUUAUAGUUAUUAUAUAUAAAGACAUGGCGCUUGCUAAAGCAAGUGUCCCAGCUUGAUUUAGCAUUAAAUAG